AUGGGUGAUAGAAGAAGGCGUAGUAUGGCAAUGCAGAUGGCACAAUACCAAGCAAGGAUGGAGAUUGAGGAUGCAGAAUUGUUCAAUGCUGAAGUUGAACUAUUCAACUCGUUUAUGCAAUCUGAGCACAAUGGCGAAUCUAGCCAUCGUGGUUCUGUCACGGGGCGUUCAUAUGUGCAGCGUGAUAGAGAAGAGUGUCAUGAUCGAAUGAUGAAAGAUUAUUUCAUCGAGCGUCCGAGAUUUCAUGCUCAUGAUUUUCGGAGGCGGUUUCGGAUGAGGAGAGAGCUUUUUGAAAGCAUCUUGAAUGCAGUUGUCAAUCAUGACCAAUACUUUGAACGGAGGGUAGAUGCCACCGGCCGACAAGGUCUAUCACCUCAUCAGAAGCUCACAUCUGCUUUUCGCAUGCUAGCUAAUGGAUGCUCUGCAGACUCAACUGACGAGUAUUGCCGCCUUGCAGAAAGUACUGCUAUUGAGAACCUGAAGCGCUUCUGUAAGGCAAUUGAAGGCAUAUAUGGAGCCACAUACCUCCGCAACCCAAAUCGUGCAGACUUGAAGAGGCUUCUACGCAAGGCAGAAAAAAGAGGCUUCCCUGGCAUGAUAGGAAGUCUCGAUUGUAUGCAUUGGGAGUGGCAUAAUUAG